AUGAUGAUUCUCCAAUCCACUCUUAGCUCUGCACUUCUUGCUGCUACCAUAGUUGCUCUUCCGGCAAAUGCAGCCCCUCAACUUAUGCCUAAACGCUCAACAGUGGAGCUAAGCUUACCAGCUCAACUACGACUUGCAGACACGGCCGUCGACCGUUACCAGCUUCUGCCAAAAGACGAAGACUUUAUCUUUGACUUUAACAAAGCCGAGAUUCCGUUCGCCAACCGCAAGACCUUCCCAGCCCUUACUGGCUACGGGACUUCAAUGAGUGUCUCUGCACUGCCAGCUUGCAGUAUGAGCUUUCUGCAUCUCCACCCUCGUGCUACCGAACUCUUCGCCCUUACAUCCGGCCAUGUUAUUACUGACAUGGUACCGGAGGGAAAUGUCACUGAUUCCAAUGGCAAACAGCGUGUCAUCACCACGGAACUUUAUGCUGGAAUGAUGACUAUUUUCCCUGCUGGCUCGUUUCAUACGCAGGUGAACCCUGACUGUGAACCUGCCAAUUUCUCGGCAGCCCUUACGGCUGAGGAUUUUGGAAUUUCCAUGGUCGCGGAUCAGACGUUUUCUCUUCCCGAUGAUGUCGUUGCUGCGACCUUUGGACAAAGUAUUGCUGGUGAAGAUAUUGAUCGCGUGAGGGAUGCGAUUCCCGGGGCUACUUUGAUUAGAGUUGAGGAAUGUCUGAAGAAAUGUAAUAUUCAGAAACGCCGGACUUGA